AUACGCACUGACCUUAAUUUCAAUUUUAGCUUGAGCCUGCCCAUAUAAGUUCUUUCCUUCUGUUCCUAACCUCAAUUCAAGAAGUUUCUUAAUUUCUAGAAUCUUAAAAUAUCCCGUUAUUUUUAAUUUUUUUAAUUAAAACUAUUAUUUAAAAAUGCAGGACCCAAAUGAAGAUACCGAAUGGAAUGAUGUAUUGCGGUCAAAAGGUAUUAUCCCACCAAAAAAGGAGGCUGAAAUUACUGAAGAUGAAAUUGUUACUAUGUUGGAACAAACUAUUGAAGAGAAACAAUCAAAAGAAAGAGAUUUAUCAAAGUUGGAUUUAGAUGAACUUGAUGAGUUGGAAGAUUCUGAGGAUGAGGCAAUAAUAUUACAGUAUAGACAAAAAAGAAUAGCAGAAAUUAAGGCGUUAGCUGAAAAAUCAAAAUUUGGGUCGGUUAGGGAAAUAUCUGCUCAAGAUUAUGUUGGUGAAGUAAAUAAAGCUGGGGAAGGCGUUUGGGUAAUUUUGCAUUUGUAUAAACAAGGGAUACCUCUAUGUGCAUUAAUUAAUCAACAUAUGACUAAUUUAGCCAGCAGAUUUCCAACAGUAAAAUUCUUAAAAUCCAUUUCAACAACUUGUAUUCCAAAUUAUCCUGACAAAAAUUUACCCACAAUAUUUAUUUAUUUCGAAGGGCAAAUGAAAAAGCAAAUUGUGGGUCCUAUAGAAUUAAGGGGUCCUAAUUUAAAUUUAGAAGAAUUUGAGUAUUUGUUAGGAACAGUAGGUGCAAUUGAAACUGAUAUAAAAGAGGAUCCAAGACCGAAAAUUAAAGAUAAAAUGUUCAGCGACUUAAAUGAUACAAAUGAUUGGUAAAAAAGAAAUACCAAAGAUGAAUGAAAUUGAAUUUAAUUUGAGUAAUUAAUUAAUUUUUGGAAAAUGCUGUUCAAUUUGGUUUAAUACAUACAUAUUUAUUAAUGCAAUGCUACAAAAUAUAUAAAAUUGAAAAA